AUUGUGCUGUUUUCACUCAAACUUACGCAGCGACGUUCAGACACAAACUAAACACUCUAAAGUAACUUUUCCAAACGAUCUAAACUAAUUUAAAAAAAAAACGUAUAUUCUGUUAGGAUUAAAACCACGUGUUUGGUUUCAAUUUGCUGCACGUUUUGAGUUAAAAUUCUGCGGAGAUUUCAAUUAAUUCGCAGCGCAGAGGAGCGGAGCUGGAAGCGGAUAAAAGGAGAAAGUUCCUCCGGAGGAGAUAAUUUUCAUAUUUCUAUUCCAACUCCUUCCUGCCACUUUAUUUUAUUUUGUGGAGAGCAAUUGGCCAUUAAAGCGUUUCCAGCCCUCGUAGAUAAUUGGAGAGGCGUGUUUUGGUUUUUGUUAAUUUCUUUUCUGAUAAGAGCUCUUCUGAAACGCGUCUCCCCGGAGGUCUAAUCUAAAUUCUAAUUGAGUUCAUUUGCACCGAGAUCUCCUCUUUUCUCUGCGGCCUGCUGGAGCUGGAGCUGUUUCUGUGGAAUACACGUCGGCUGGUCCGUGACUUGGAUCGGUCCCCUGUCCCGUCAAGCUGCAGCAUCGGGGGAAACCGAACCACUGGCCUGAGCUGGGUGGAGCAGUGACCGCCUGUAGCAUGAUGUCCUACAUCAAACAGCCCCCCUACGGCGUCAACGGCCUGGGGCUGAGCGGGGCUGCCAUGGACCUGCUGCACCCCUCUGUGGGAUACCCAGCGACUCCCAGGAAGCAGCGUCGGGAGCGGACCACCUUCACCCGCUCUCAGCUCGACAUCCUGGAGGCUCUGUUCGCUAAAACCCGCUACCCGGACAUCUUCAUGAGGGAGGAGGUGGCGCUGAAGAUCAACCUGCCCGAGUCCCGAGUCCAGGUUUGGUUCAAGAACCGGCGGGCCAAGUGUCGCCAGCAGCAGCAGAGCGGCAGCAGCGCCAAGGCUCGGCCGCCCAAGAAGAAGUCGUCUCCGGCCCGGGAGAGCACCGGAUCGGAGAGCAGCGGUCAGUUCACGCCUCCGGCCGUCUCCAGCACCGGCUCGUCCUCCUCGUCCUCCUCGUCCACCAAUCACACGGGCCCGGCGGCGCUCAGCAGCACCUCUACCUCCAUCAGCACCGUGUCGUCCAUCUGGAGCCCGGCCAUCUCCCCUGGAAACGCCCCCGCCCCGGCCGUGGCACCGCUGCCGGAGCCCGGCCCGCCGUCCAACGCCUCCUGCAUGCAGCGCUCCAUGUCGGGCUCUGCCGCCGCCGCCACCUCCUACCCCAUGACCUACAACCAGACGGCGGGCUACGGCCAGGGCUACCCCGCCCCCUCCAGCUCCUACUUCAGCGGCGUGGACUGCGGCUCCUACCUGGCCCCCAUGCACUCCCACCACCACCCCCACCAGCUCAGCCCCAUGACGGCCUCCUCCAUGUCGGGACACCCUCACCACCACAUCAGCCAGUCGUCGGGGCACCACCACCACCACCACCACCACCAGGCGUACGGCGGCUCCGGCCUGGCCUUCAACUCCUCUGACUGCCUGGAUUACAAAGAGCAGACUGCAGCCUCGUCAUGGAAGCUCAACUUUAACACCACGGACUGCUUGGACUACAAAGACCAGACCUCCUGGAAGUUCCACGUCUUGUGAUCGGCCUUUUUUCUUCCCUCCCUGUUCGUCUGCUCUUCUUUUCCCAGAUUAGCUUCUCGCUUCCUUUUUUCUUUAAAAGACAAAGAGUUUAUGAACCAUGCGGUAACCAGACAGCAGCAGGAACGCUCACAAUUUGGACUUUUUUUCCUCCGUCUGAAAAUAAAAACAGUCCUGAGAGACGAGGAGCAGUGUAGAAACGUGGCUUUUUAAAGACGCCCUUCCUGGAUGAGUUUAAAAACUGCUCGACAGAAAAGCGUCGUUUCACACAAACCUUUCUGGACGGAGGAAUAUUUCCCUGUGGUGCUCCGACAGGAACUGCUGCAGCUCUUUUACCUCCAACCCAUCAGAUCCUGUACAGUUUUUAUUUCUGAAAAUUUGUUAUUUUAGGAUGACAGAGAUUUUUAGUCAGCUGCGCCGAGGAGCUGAAACGUGUAAAUAUGUAUUUGGGUCAGUUCCAGUGACCAUGUUUAGUUGGUGGUUUUUUUUUCCAGAUUUAAAUUGUUUAUUACCACUUUGGGAGAAAAAAAAAGAAAAAAAACUGUAUGUAAAUCUUUCCAAAUAUUCCAAAGAGAACAAAUUGGCCAUAAAGUUCAGCUUUUUUAUCACUGUUUUAAAAGAAAAAAUGUUUGGGCAGAUUUGAAAUGUCUUGGAAACUCUAAAUCUAGAUGGAAGCUCUGGAGGCGUUGCUUUCCGGAUCUUCUCCUCUGGACGUUUGUCGUGAUCUUGGACAUGUUUGAACCGCAGCACUUGGCUUGAUAUUGGAGUCAAAGCAUUUUUAUGAAUUUUUCUUUUUUCUCGGAGCUCCAGAAAUGACAGUGAGAUGUUGAAUGUAUCUUUGAGGACCACCUGACAUACAUGUUCAUCCAAUAAAGAUCCCUUCAGUCAUG